AUGUAUUGUUAUUUAAAGAACUCAGGCUCUCAUAAACUUGAAUGCAAUCAAUUAUUCUGCUCAUUAAAUUUCUUAUCAUCGUUUUCAAAUAUUACUGUUCAAGAUGAACUUUCAUUUGAUCUCGAAGAUUUUGUCUCUCAACAACACCAUGUUAUGGUCUUUUACAAAAAACUUGGUGUCCGUCCAACAUUUUACAGUAUGAAUAAUACAGUUAUUGGAUUUUAUUGCAAUGAAAUUCUCUUUUUCCGGCCAAAUAACACAUCCGCAAUAUUCCGUGUCUUUUUUGAUGAUGAAACUUCAGUUAAAUUCGAAUACAAGAAUGAGCAAAACCCUGAUAACUCAAGUUUGAAUCAUUUUGUCAAUUAUUACCAGUACCAGACCUUAUUUUUCAACGAAAUUAUCAUCAAUGGCUAUUCAAACAGCAUUGCCAUAUUCGAUGAGUGCGUUUGGAACACAAUGGGCAAACAAAUUAUUCAUAUCAACGUAGUGGUCUCAAUGAAGAUCCUCCUGUUCACAUCAAUACCAGCAGUCAUAGAAGUCAAAGGAUCCACAAAGAUUUUCCCUGAAGCACAAGGUCUUUCUGUUGAUGAAAUUAUUUUACGGCAUACUUGCGAAAUAAAGAGCGAGGGUAAGCUCCAAAACUUUACAAUCAAAAGUUUAAAUGUUAACAGUCAAGGAAAAAUGGAAAUUGACAAUGUAACAAUUUGCUAUAUUGAUUAUCUUAAUUUUCAAACAUCCAGUAUGAUAUUCUUCCGCAGUUCUCAAGAUUGUGCAUAUUCUCUGAGGGAAAUUCAUAGUAAUAGCCAUUUUUACUUUGAUAUAUCUGAUAUUAAAAUUGAUGCCGGUCAAACAACUACUUUGGAUGUUUUCAUUAAUGAAUCAACAGAUAACUCAAGUGAGUUUCGAGCCGAAUCAAUAAUAGCUAAUGGAAAAUUUAUUUUGAAAUAUAAGCCAAUACCUAUCAAUAAUGAUGCCACUGUCCUAACUCUAAGUACUAAGAGAUUAACAAAUCCAAAUAAUUUCCAGAUUGAACCUAAUUAUCAAAAUGUUAUUCCGGAAAAUACUUUGUAUCUUGAUAAAGAAAGCAAACAAGAAGUUGGUGAAGCAGCAGAAUAUACAAUAUGGGCUAGAAAGUUAAAUACUACUCAGUACAAUGUGUUCUCUUUUGAUAAACCGGAGAAUUGUAACGAAAAAUUAGAAAAAUGCCUCACUCCCGAUAAAUACUCCACAUGGCUCGAUGAUAGAAUGGAUACACAAAAGCCUAUCUACUUAAAUAUCAGAGAAAACGUUUACAAUGACUCAAACUUUUUGAAUUUUUAUUUAUUAGCAAAAAAGCAAGACAUUGAACUACAUUUAUCCGGCAAAGAUAAGGAUGGAAACUGCACACGUAAUAAUUUCUAUAUUGAUGGCCUGAUCUUUUACGAAUUCAAGAAGAUUUACGCAGAUUGUGUAAAUGUCUCCGUCAAAAACAUUAGAUCUAAGUCCAAUCUUGAGACAAUAUCCAUAAAUAACUCGGUUAUUGGCCAUGAUCUCCAAAAUCUCGUAGUUGGAAACGAAUCAAAGAUCCGAAAUCUCUCAAUUUGCAACGAAUCCCUUGUGGAAUUCAUGAGUGAUAAUAAGGAAUUCAGUUUCCAUGACUCUAUGGAGCUAACUCUCCUUUGUGAUACAGAUACAAUAACAUUACACGAAGAUUCAAUAUUGUACAACGAUAAACCCAUCAAAGCCCAAGAAAUACACCUCGAUGCCAACUACGGAAAUGUAACAUUGAUCGGAGAUACUGAUAAAAAGAUAAAUUAUCAGUUAACAAUAGAAGACGGUGUUUCCUUGAUUAUUAUAAAAGGAAAAUUCAGCCGCGAUACAAAAAUUAGGGCUAAAUUCAGCUGCAAUGUUACAAUAGUAGUUGAAACUGAGUUUGUUCCAUUAUAUAUUACAGUAACUCAAGGAGCUCAUAUUACUUUUGUAUCUACUAAGACUAAAUUGGAGUAUAGUGAACUAGAUCUCGAACAAAACUCCAUAAUUGAAUACCAACUUCCAGAUAAUUCCGAAAUUAAUGUUAAGAAGUUAUUUGUUGAUGAUAAUAAUAUUCAUAUAACUUCAUUAAAUGCUGCACAAAUGUUCUAUGAUGUAGUAAAUUCAACAGGACCUUCGAUUAAUGCUUCAAGUUAUUAUCACUUCAAAGAUCUUGUUUUUGCCUUCAAAGCAGGACCAGAAGUGAUAUUUAACUAUUCAGAUGAUCCGAAAUAUAAUAUGACCGUUAAUCUUGACUUUUCAUUUUUCGCGAUGCCAGAAGUAAGGAUUUACGGAUCAAAUUAUACUCCAAUACAUUUCAUAUAUGUUCCACACUCUGAUCAAUACAUGGAAGCAGCUACUCAGCUGAUAAAACUAAAUUAUAAUCCAUAUUUCAAGGCAAUGGCCCUGAUUUGUGGACCAGAUAUUUCAAAUGAAACUAUUGAUUACAAGUUAUCUGGUUUUCCAUACCUUUAUUCCAAAUAUUACAAAUUACAGAAAGCAUUAGUGGAAGGUCAGACAUGUUUGAUAGGUUGUCUUGACAAAAGUUACAUUAAAAGGAAUGAUAACCUCUAUUUUGGCGUAUUUGGCUCAAUCACAGGGUUGAUCAUCAUUGCAACCACAAUUUUGCUGAUAAGAGUCUUUAUAAACUAUCGCCAAAAGAAGAAAUCCGCAAACAUGUACCAGGCUAGGCGUACUUUGUUGUCAGGAGCAGGUAAUUCUAUGGUUUCAAUUGAAUAA